AUGGCGGCCCCCCCCCUCCCCAUCAUCGCGGAUGAUGACUCGACCCGUGAUGACGGCCUCCUUGCGCAGGUUGCCCUGGCGCAGCUCUUGGUCGAAUUCCAACAGGCCCAAACAGCGCAGCCACUGGGGGUGAAGGACCGUCGGGUGAAGCAGGUCGAACUGAGCCUUGGUUAUCGGAUGCUGCAAUAUAGGUGGAACACGUCCAGUGAGGGACCGAGUACCGGAGUAUUUCCAAUUCUCUCUCCAUUUUCGAGACCAUAUGGAAAUCUACCAAGAUGCUAUGAUCCAACUUCGCGAGUGCAGCAUUUUACGGGUGAAUCCCAACAACAGCAGUGCUAUCUACUGGACUAA